GUUUCGUCUUUGUAGUCGGUCGUCAUGGCUGCCGCACAAGGACGCGGCAGUCCCCACCACCACCCGCCGCCGCCGUUUGUGGCCAAGCGGACCAUGCGCCGCACCAACUCGACCAUCAUCGACGGCAACGCCAUCCUCCGCGGUGGAUCGACGUCGCUGUUAUCUCCGUGCUACACCGCGUACACUUUUGUUACGUCGUCGAUUGGGACGUGGUGGCGGCGGCGACCACGUGGACGGUCGUCCACGGUGGCGCAUUUGGCGUCGUCGUCAUCGUCAUCGUUGACACUUGCGCCGCCUGCUCCAGCCACCCAGUGCUUAGUGGACCCGAUCGUCGCGUUUGAGCCGACGCAUCGAGCGCUGUUUGGCGCGGCGUCGAGCCGCGGCAUCCGAUCGUACAACGAAGACACGUUUCGCGUGAUCACGAGCCUCGAAGCGUACGCGCAUGCGCUGGUCAUGCAUCAGCGCCAACGAGAUGUCAACCAUCCAGCCGAUGUCGACUCGUCGCAGUCGAUGCGCACCACGCUAGACACGGUCAUUCGCGACAACACGAUGGACGCCGACACGACCUCCCCACUCGCAUCGUGGACGCUGACCCCGGUCGAGUCGUGCGUCGGGCCGUCAAGGCUGCCGCGGGGAUCCAAAACUGGCGCGAGCAGCACCAGCACGAGCCAAUUUUAUGGCGUUUAUGACGGCCAUGCUGGACGUCGAUGCUCGUCCGUGGUCGCGCAAGUGUUGCCGAUGUGUGUCGCGGCCGCCGAUGCGUUCCAUACCAACGUUGGGGACGCGCUGCUGGCGGCGUGCUUGCAGAUGGACAAGCUGUUCUUGGACAUGGCUGCGACGAGGGGCUAUCGCGAUGGAUGCACGGCCAUCACAGUCGUCGUACGAAACGACGAAGUCACGAUUGCCAACAUCGGCGACUGCCGCGCUGUGCUGUGCGCGAUGGACCCGACGUCGAACGAAGUGAAAGUGACGGCGUUGACGACGGACCAGAAACCCAACUGUGCUGUUGAGAAAUCGCGCAUUGAAGCCGCCGGGGGCAUCGUGCUCAAUAUUCGAGGCAUCCCUCGCGUCAACGGGAUGCUGGCUGUCGCGCGGGCAUUUGGGGACCUCCCUCUGAAAAGGUAUAUUGUCGCCGAGCCCGACGUGACGAGGUAUAUGUUGCAAGGGAGCGACGAAUACAUUGUGAUGGCGACGGACGGGUUGUGGGAUGUUUUCAGCAACGAUGCGGUGGGGGUCUUCAUAAGGACACACUCGCACUUGCCGCUGAACGAAAUGGCGACGAAAAUGGCGGCCAUGGCCGUCGAGCUGGGCAGCACCGACAACGUCACCGUCGUGAUAAUAGACGUUCGGAGACAUCGGGGAGCCUAACUCAAUUAAGUAUUGGAACGUGCCGCCUGACGCAGCUACAGAAUCCAAGGAGUACGCCAGUUUUUGCCAAUCUUGGCACAACCUGCGUAGGAUUGUAAACUA